AUGCUGUGCAUCGCAGAGCCUCUCUUCACUCUUGCCAGACUUCGACCGGCCCAAGAGAAUUCGAAGCGCUGCAAGUUGUUGAAAGACUUCUUCGCUGCACCUGCAACUGGACCAGACCUGCGGAGAGCUAGCCUCUGCCUUCAGCUCACCGACCAUGCCGUCAGGAUUACUGCCCAGACAAAGCUUCGAGAGAACGACAAGAGGCCCUUGUUGGUCAGAUUGGCGCAAGGACACGUUCAACGGCAGACCAACGCACACCUGCAGAGACUUCUCCCGCUGUUGCCCGUCGAUGAUAAGCUCCACGUCGGGGCCUGCGCGAGCGCCCCGUUCGUUGCCCAGUCACACCUGGUUGUCCGCUUCGAGGAGUACGCAGGGUACCCCGGCAAGCUGUGGGGGGCUUCCCGCGCGCACAACCCUCUCGGCAAGCAGGGGUCAAACCUCGUUGUCGUCGUGGUCGUGGUCGUGGUCGUGGUCGUCGUCUGUCCAGAGGAAUCCGGAGGCUACCCCACUGGCUGCAGAGCGCUCCUCGCCGAGGAGCCCGCUUCCCUGGGCGCGGGCUUCACGCUGGGUCUGCAAGCCCGCGCGCUGCCCAAGGGAGGCUUCGCGGACGCGACCGCUUAUUUGGAGGGCAGCGAGGCGCAGGCGGAGAUUGACCACGUCCUCGAGGCCACGCUCGUGACUUCGCUGGAGGCCGAGAGACGCGCAGACCAGCUUCGCAUGCAGAACUUGUGGAGCUUUGCGAGGGCUCGGUGGCCGCACUUGGCGCCGCGCCCGCGAGGCGUGCGCUUCGGCGCAGGGGUGGCGGAGGCAGCCACCAGCCGCGAUCUGGUUCACGAGGGCGACCAGGAUGCCCCGAAGAAUCUCGCGGAGCAGCACCGCGGGGAAUUGCGGGCCCAGGUCGACGCUGCGCAUGCGGAGGCCCGUCGGUUGAUGGCGCUUGCCAAAGAGAGCGUGCUUCCGACAACGCAGAGCGACUGGCUGCAGUGGCUCGAAUCCAACGAGGUCGUCUUCUCAGACAUGUACAAGGCCAUUCGCGCCGCCAGGCGCGAAUUGAGCGCCCGCUUGGUGCCCCGGCCGUCCUUGAGUGCUUUGCCACCGUCUGCGUGGCCGCGCGUGCAACCCACUAGGUGCCGCGACGCCCCGGUAUGGGAGCGCAAGAUUAGUCAUUUACGGUCCGGCUACGCGUCCAUCCUGUGGGGGAAUGGACCUGGUGAGAGAGUGGUGGUGUUCUUUGCUGUUCUGAAUGGCGAGGGCCGUUACCUGCUCUUACACAACGACCCCGUGGGGUCCAACCGCUACUUUCUGAGCUACAACACUGAUUUCAGGCGGUCUUUCUUGACGCACGAGGAGCUCGAGGCCAGGCACCAGGGACUCCGUCGGGAAGAGGCCGUCCGCGUGUUCACAUUCUCCGUGGAGACGACAUGUGGCAUGGGGGGGCUUCGCCUGCGGUGCUUGCCGCCGCCGCAGGAGCAGGUCCGCGUGAACCCUUUGCUCGCGAAGGCCGCCGAUGAGGCUCCGGAGCUGACAGGGGACCAGGACGACGCCGGCUUCCCGCCCGAGGACGAGGAAGAGGUACUGUCGGAUAUGGAGGACUCGGCCGCCGAGGAGGCGGAGGAGGGCGAGGGUGGCGACGGCGAAGAACCAGACGACGCUGUCGCGGAGGCAGGCGGAGGGGACGACGAAGACGGGGCUGAUCGGGCGUCCCCAGGGACGUACGUUCUCUGGAAUAAUGGUUAUUUCUCGUGCAAGCAUAACCCGAUGUGGCCUGACGUGAAGAUCAGCGUCCUCCCCCGGUGGACAGGGCCCGAGGACAUGGGGAAAGCCCACCAAAGGCACAAGACAGCCACCAUCAGCCACCACGGAUCUGACGGCCGCGAGAGGCAGAGGACCGAGCUCGUACUUCGGGCUUGGAUGAUCUUUCGCUUCCAGGUCAAUGGAUUUGCUGCGGCCACGCCGCUCCGGAAGGCGUGGGUGGCGGCUGAGAUUGAGGCGCUAACACGGGAAGUGGCCGCUCUCCCCGGCCCAGCCACCGGGCGCCCCAAGGCAGACAGUAG